UUCACACCUCUGUAUUGCUGUGUGUGUGUCUUUAAUUCCUCUAGCGCUGCUGGCUUAGAGUCUGCCCAACCAAUCUGGUCUCAGCAAUGAACAGAAUCUGAGGCACCAAAAUGAUAAAUCAGGAAGGGGCAUCUGUGGAGGGAAUCAUGUGGCAAUAACAAUGUCCAUAUAGGGUGAAACUGACUGUUCAACAAUUGUGGGCCGCUGCUAUUUUCACCCUUUCAAUGAUUAAAUGUUAAAUCACCUGACAAUACCAAAUGUUAGAGAGUAAGUAUAUGAAACUUCAUAGUAUCUUAUAUAAUGUAAGUGGUAACACGUAUUGGUACUAUCACUUUGAAAAACAAUCUGUUGUCUUAUGAAGCUGCAAGUCACAUAUCUCAAAACCUACCAAUUCAAUUUCAGAGUACACUCCCAAGAAAAAGUCUUGCACAUACAUAUACACUAGGAAAUAUGUAAAAGGAUAUUAAUGUCUGUGCUGUUCACAGUAAGAAAAAUCUGGUGGGGAGGGGGGAUCCAAAGAUUUUCAUUGAGGUUUUAAUUUCCAUUUCCCUGAUGAUUAGUAAUAAAGAACAUUUUUUAUAUAUGUUGGCUAUCUGUAUGUCUUCUUUUAAGAAAUGUCUUUUCGAUACAAUAACUGAACUGAUUGCAGAAAAGUUCGCUAGGUGGCUUUGGAACAACCCAGUUCCCCUACUUUCUUGCUUGUAGUAUUCAAGAAUAUCUGUAGAAUGUGCUGGGAGUACAACAUCCUAAAAUAAGGAGAAAGCAGCUGGAACAGCCUGGGCUCUAUUCCUGUCUCCACCAAGCACAAGAUGUCCUUCAACCCUUUAGCGCAGCGUGUCAAGUGAACUUGGGGUAGAAAACCCAAGGUGAGCUGCUUAUUGGGGUCCCUCAGCUGUGAUGCAAGAAGAGCACGUGCAGUUAAGACUCCAUCUACCCUAGGAAGAAGCUUUCUGAGUUACAAGGGACCAACACACAAUGAACCCUAGUCUUGCUAUCCCUUGCUGCCUGUCUACUCACUUCCGACAACUUGCUCCAGGAGGGGACUACGUGGACACUGAAGGCGACUUGGGCGGUUCCUCUUCUGAUGCAGUUAGCUCUCAGUUAGCUGACCGGCCAGUUCUCCUGGAUCUCUCCGGGCUGGACCGACUCCUAAGCAGGAGGAGCAUAAAAGGCGGCGGGCCCCGCAAGCUUGAUCUUCUGAAUCUCCUUGUCGCUGUAAACUUCCGCUGGAAAGAAGCGAUGCACUGGCAAAGCCGUGUGAGGGGGGCUUUUGGCUCCAGAGAGACAGCGCGAGAGCUCCAGUGGGAACCACCCGGAGACCCAGAAGAUCGAAUUCGCGGGGCGGCGGGUUACCUUCCAAUAUCCGCGGGGCCACAGCUCAGAACCAGGAUCAGCGGUUCUAGAGUUUCUCCACGGGACAGGAGCGCGUUCUUUGAAUUGCCCCGGUGCGGCGUGCACAGCCUUCGGACCAAGAGUCCACGUCCGCCACCCAGGAGUAACCUCAGGCGCAGGCAAGAGUGGCGGCCGCAGCCUCGUUGGAAGAGCCGGGUCACUGGCUCCGCGGCAGCCACGAGCGCCAGGAUCUGCCGGCUUCGAAAACUGGCCGCGGGAGCAGAGAGGUCUGAAGAUGGGGACCUCUCGGAGCGUCGUCGCCCUGCUACUGAGCCUUGGAGGCCACCGGGCUCGGUCUGGAGGCCUCUUUGUGCAGCAUAGGCCGCCUGUCCGCCAAGAAGACCGUAGCCUGCCUGGGACGGCCGCCCUGGGCGCUCAGAAGCCAGGAGA